ACCUUCUCUCUCUCAUACAUUGCGUAAACCUCCCUCCAUUACCAUUUCUAUUUCCAUUUCCUAGUCGCUGUUUUCCCCAAAUAUACCCAAUCCGAAGGAUUCCGAGAUUUUUUCAGAUUAAUCAUGAGCUAUUACAAUCAGAAUCAGCCUCCGGUCGGCGUUCCUCCUCCUCAGGGAUAUCCGCCGGAGGGGCAGCCGAAGGACGCGUAUCCUCCUCCGGGAUACCCGCCGCAGGGAUACGGAUACCCACAGCAGGGGUAUCCGCCGCAGGGAUACGCGCCGCCGCAGUACGCCCAGCCGCCGCCUCAGCAGCAGUCCAGCGGCAGUACCGGCUGCCUUCAAGGAUGUUUGGCUGCUCUGUGCUGUUGUUGCUUGCUGGAUGCUUGCUUCUGAAUUUAUUUCAUUUCUGAAGAUGAAUUGGAUUGAGUAUAUCAAAGUCAAUCAAUCAACUCCCUACCCAAAAAACAAGAAGAAGAAGAAGAAGAAAAGUGAUGAAUGGUUUGUAAUUGAUCCAUUACAAUUGCAAGUAUAAAGAGUUUAUAUUUGACAUGGAGUUUCUUGAAAAUUUCAAUUAAUUAAUUGCCUUCUUUUGAUUA